AUGGUGAAACUACUGAGCGCCGCCCUUCUGCUCCUCUGCUUGGGACACAUCGCCUAUGCUUGGUGUCCCUGGGCCAAGACGAGACUGCUCACGAUCAACAAGAACAGCGUGAAGCAGCUGAAAGAAAUGGAUGAGCACGUCAUACCCGUCAUCUACGAGGCUUUGAAGCACGUGAAGAUGAUAUCCCAGAAUGCCACAACCUGGAGCAGGCAACAUCUGGCCCUCUUUAAAAACUUCCUCAGUCAGCAAGUUGAGGAGCUGGAGAAAUGCGUUGAAAAGAUGACGCUGGCAGGUGAUGGAGGUUCUGAAGAAACCAGUUAUCCGGCACUGAAUGCAUAUUUCCAAAAGCUGAGUGAUUUUCUCGAGAAAAAGGAGCUUUCCGGAAAGUUCUGCGGAUGGGAAGUAGUGAGGAAGGAAGUUAUCGUCAAUCUGGAGUUCCUCAACAAGUUCCUUGACAACAGGAAAAAACGCCGUUAA